UUUACCUCCCAUUCAUCAUCAAAAUCCCCAAUUGGAUAAUAAUGCCCAAAAGACAUCAAUCGUUAACAUACGACAAUAAUUGAAUAGGGAAAAAGAAGAAGAAGAAGAAGAAGAAUAAUGUGGGCAUCACGUUGCUUACACCUACUUACAAUUAGUAGUCUCCACGUCCAUAAACAAUCCUCCCAUGGCGGAUCCAAAUUCCAAUCCAUCCAUAUAUAAACACCACAUCUCCCCCACAAACCCAUCACUCAAUCUCAUCAUCAACAAUCUAAGCAUCCAUUCCCACAACCUCCAGACCCAAAAAAAAAAAAAAAAUGGCGCCCACUCGCAGCCACCUCAUCAUCACCAUCUUCUCCCUCCUCCUCCUCCUCCUCCUUCUCAACACAAUUUCCGCCGAACCCCAAUACCACCAUCCCGCCGCCGCCGCCGCCGCCACAACUCCCCCGCCGAAGACACAAUCCGACGUCGUGGUGGAAGGAGUCGUCUACUGCCAGAGCUGCCACAACGCCGGCUCCUGGUCCCUGACCGGCGCCAGGCCGGUCCCAUCGGCCAGGGUCAGCGUCACGUGCGUGAACUCCCGCCGCCACGUGAGCUUCUACAGGACCUACCAGGCCGACGAGCACGGCUACUUCUACGCCCAGCUCGUUGGGCUCAAGCUCAGCCACGGGAUUCUGGACCACCCGCUCCAGGCCUGCAAAGUGAAGCUGGUCUCUUCACCGCUAGAGAGCUGCAACGUGCGGACCAAUUUGAACUACGGGAUCGACGGGGCCGGGUUGCGGUUCGAGAGCAAGGUGUUGAGGUCCGCGAGCUAUGAGGCUGUGGUCUACGCGGCUGGGCCCUUGGCUUUCCGGCCCACCGAGUGCCCUGCCCAAGUUGAUGAAGAUGACGUGAAUCGUGGUUGAUUGAUUUUUAACGACCCUUCAAUGUUUUUUUGACUUUUUGUUAUGGGAUUUUUCGGGGUUGGACUUGUGUUUUUUUUUUCUUUCCUUUUUCUGUUUUGAGUUGUGUAUCAGGAACAAAUUUUAAAGGCUAUGCGGAUGCAAGAUAUAUAAUUUUCUGAUCAUGUUGUACACUUGUACUGGUUGAUUAUUUCGUGUGAAAAACUAAUUGGUUUUAUCAAUUUUUUCUUUCUAUCAAUAUUAGUUAUGUAUGAAUCUGCUCUUUCAAACGAAAGUAAAUUCAUUACAAGUCGUGAGAAUUGAGACGUGUGACAUGGUGAGAUUGGCAAAUGAUAGGAAUUUAGAGAUUUAGAACAGAAUUGGAGAUUGAGAUUGAGAAUUUGGAGAAGAAUAGAAAGAAUGGGUGUCG